ACUGCUGUAAAGUCCUGUUCACUCUGUUCGUACUAAUAACAUUUAGCGUCGUAAACUAAGUGAUAUUACCUCGGGGUGUUAAGGUGUUACAGAGCAAACUGCUGGGACAUAUGCAAACAUUUCAGUCUACGGUUGUCGGGUAGUGGUAACCAAGGUUAACCUACAUGUGGCUAGCGGCACUGCUAUCAGUGACAUUGGCAGAUGUGAACAGUUAACUGUGUUCGAUAUGAAAAUAACUAGGCUGAGUGAAAGGAAAGUCACGCUGACGGCUGAUAGCAGCCAUUUCCACAUUAAGAUGAGGAUUUGCAGCCGCCUCAGGUAAUAACAGGUGACCGUGCUGACGUCGUCUUCAGUUGCGAAAGACUUUGCUCCUGUUCGGUCAGUCUGGGGAGUGAAUCAGUGUCGCGUUACCAGCAAGGACAAUGGUUUUACUUUGUGUUAAUGUUUUUUUACGGAGCAGUCGCUUCUGUUCCAUUCCUGCACAUCUCACGCGAUACUUCCGGGUCUGCAAACAGGCUGAACUUUUAGUGAAGAAGCCACACUGUGUGUCCUCUCAGAUCAGCUGUCACAGAACAACAAUCUCGGCGUACCUCAGAGGCGCUCCGACAGGACCGCCUCUCCGAUUCUGCAGCAAUGGAAGGACGGCGUGUUUCCAAAGUGGAGCCCAAACCGCUUCACCCCUGCACUCUGCUUCCGUCCUGUCACAGCGCGGACACCGCUUCCACACCUCGGCCCCCGCGAGGGCCCUGCCUGCUCCUCUCUUAUGGCUGGUGCUCAAACCUCUGCAGAAGCUCCUGGCCAUAAUACUGGGCAGGAGUGUAAGGAAGUGGUGGGUGGCUCUACCAGACAACCGCCGGCAGCUCCUGCGGGAAUGGGCCUGGCAGCGGCGUUGGCAUCUGACAGCGGGAGCAGGUGUUGCUAUGGUGAUUGUAGCCCUCCUUCUCCUGACCCACCUGGAUGAGUCUCCAGUGACGGGACGGACCCGCCUCCUGGUGUUCAGCAGAGAGAACUACAUGGAGCUGGCAGCUGCGACUUCAGAGGUGUACAUGGAGGAGUUCGCAGAGCUACUGGUUCCAGUCACAGACGCUCGUCACCAGGUGGUGGAGCGUGUGGUGCAGCAUCUGGCACAAAGAAACAAGGACAUCCCUGAAGUGUCGGAUGUCACCUGGAGCGUCCACGUGGUGCAGAGUCCCACUGUCAACACCUUUGUCCUCCCGAACGGGCAAGUGUUCAUGUUUACGGGGAUGCUGGACACCAUUACAGAUGUUCACCAGCUCACCAUUAUCCUGGGACACGAGAUGGCUCAUGCUAUUUUGGGACACUCUGCAGAGCAGGCCAGUCUGUCUCACGUCAUGGACCUCCUGUCCCUUAUUCUGCUGACAGCCAUCUGGGCCGUGUGUCCUCGAGACAGCCUGGCACUGCUGGGACAGUGGGUACAGGACAAGCUUUCACAGCUGAUGUUCAGCCGUCCCUACAGCAGGAAACUGGAGGCUGAGGCCGAUCAAGUGGGAUUGCAGUUGGCUGCUAAGGCCUGUGCAGAUGUGCGAGCAGGUCCCGUAUUCUGGCAGCAAAUGGAAAUCAGAGACCAGCUGAGAGGAGAGCCCGCCUUCCCUGAGUGGCUGUCCACACACCCGUCGCACCGGAACAGAUACACUCAGCUGGACCGCCUCAUACCAGAGGCUCUGGAGCUGAGGGAGAGUUGCGUCUGCCCUGCUCUACCUGCUGCCGACCCUCGUACCGUCUUCUCCAAGAGUGUCCGUGUGUUGCUGGAAAACGCUAAGGUCCAGGGGAGAGGAGGGCAAGAAGGAGCACACAAGCCCCACCUGCCUCACAGCGCUGCCUCACUCCCAACCGGACUGCCUGCAGCUCUGCUUGCCCAAACUCCCCUUCCUCCCUCCCCCAAUGUGGAUCAAGAAAGUAAAGGCCCAGUCCCACUUGUGGCUUCAGAGUUAACUGGAUCUGCACCUGUUCCUGCUCCUGCUGAAGGGGAAGUAUCCCAGAGCACCAGCUGAGAGGAGUGUUCAGUCCUCACAAACUCUGACACAAUUAUAGUUUUUCACAGCCUAUUUGGAUGAGUGAGUGAAUGAUUGGUCAGGUUGCAUAUUCAGCAAACUAUUUACUGCGGCAUUAAGACUGUUUUUAUUGUUCAUUUAAUUUCAGAGCCUGUGGUUGCACAGGUAAAGGGGUAAAGGAGGGGUAAAGUUCCCACCCACCAUCCCAGGGUUAGUUCUUUUCGCUCCACUAGAGACUCCUUCUGGUUGCCAGCACAAUGGUGGGUGGAGCUGGGGGUGUUAGUGUAAAAAUGAAUGCCUGGGGUUUUUCUAAAUUUGGAGAAAAUUGGAGGAAAAAGUCAAGCAAAAUGAAAAAGGAAACACUGAAGGCCCCUCCUAACCUCUCCCUGUACUGCAACACCCUGCUGACUGAACUUCAGAGAAUGUUAACCAUGGCGGGUGACCACAAAGAUGCCCCAUUAAUUAGAUAACCUCGAUGAGGAAAUGCCGAAUGAAUCUUAGUAACGCUUCCAUACGUUGCAAGAUUAAUAUGUGCAUUAUUCAUCGGCACAGCGGCAGAGGAGAGAGUAAGCACUUUGUGUGUGCAUGUUGGAGGCUGCGACCAUGGCAGGCAGAGGACAUCUACAUUCUCAUUAUGACUAGUGCAUUCUCAUGCCACACACACAGCACUUUAUGCAUUCUCCAGCCUGGGGGACUUAAUGGUGUAAAUUUAUGCCGGGUUGUUUGCAGGUUUUAAAACACAGCCUUCUGCUCAGGAAUGCCAAUAUCCGCCGUCAAGCUUUGAGAAAUCUUUCAUGGGAUUUAGUAAAAUCUUAUUUAACAAGGCAAGUUGACUGAGAAAACAUUCUGAUUUACAGGAACAGCCCAGGGGAGAAGUCGCACAAUGAAGAGGGGAGGGCAGUUAUGGUUCAUAUGUUUGUAAUCUUCCGUGUGUGUGUGUGUGUGGAUGUGUGUGUGCGCACGCUGAAACAAAGUGGCACACUUGGUUAAACUGUGAAAUAAAAAAAAAAGUGCUACUGUGCUUUCAUGUGAGAUAAA